AUGACGGGUGCAAGCCCUACCAAGGGCGGCUGCACCUCUCUGCAGGAGGCGCCGCAUGUCGCAACAGUGAAGGAGGUGUUGGAGUACCACGAAACAUGUUUGGAGUCGGGUUUGCCGGCCGAAGUUGCGGCCGAGCGCCUUGAGCGUUUUGGGCCAAACGAGUUGAAGCACGAAGAGGGGAAGAGCCUCUUCCAGCUCAUUUUGGAACAGUUUCAGGAUCUGCUCGUCAGGAUUCUUUUGGGGGCUGCAGUCAUCAGCUUCGCGUUGGCAGUGGUGGAGGGGGGAGAGGGCGGCAUCGCCGCGUAUGUGGAGCCUCUUGUGAUUCUCAUUAUUCUGUUUCUUAACGCUGCCGUUGGUGUCUGGCAGGAGUCCAACGCUGAGAAAGCACUGGUAGCUUUGAAGCAGCUGCAGCCGCAGCAAGCUCGAGUUUGCCGAUCAGGGGCUUGGCGUUGCGUCUCGGCCUCCAGCCUCGUUCCCGGUGACCUCGUGGACCUCCGCUGUGGCGACAAGGUGCCGGCUGACUGCCGCGUCGUAGAGCUCAAGACCGCCUCCUUCAGAAUUGAACAGAGCCAGCUCACAGGCGAAAGCGUUGCUGUGCUGAAGGAUACUGAGGCGUUGCCUGCAUCAAUGCGGGACUGCGAGAUUCAGUCGCAGCGCUGCCUGUGUUUCAGCAGCACGACGGUGGCGCGUGGGCGUGCGCUGGCUGUAGUGGUGAGGACGGGCAUGGCCACCCAAAUAGGGAUUAUUCAGGCUGCUGUACACGAGGCGGGAGAAUCUGACGACACUCAAAGCCCACUGCAGCAGAAGCUGGACGAGUUUGGAGAGGCCCUCAGCAAGGUCAUCUGCGGCGUGUGUGUUGUUGUGUGGCUCAUUAACAUCGGGCACUUCAGCGACGCCGUGCACGGUAGCGCGUUGCGCGGUUGCAUAUAUUACUUCAAGAUAGCUGUUGCAUUGGCAGUGGCGGCCAUCCCUGAGGGUCUGCCAGCAGUGAUUACGACCUGUCUGGCGCUAGGAACGCGGAAGAUGGCCAAGAAGAAUGCUAUAGUCAGGAGACUGCAAAGUGUAGAAACGCUUGGGUGCACCACUGUCAUUUGCUCUGACAAGACAGGCACCCUUACCACCAACGAAAUGACUUGCGUCAGAUUCUGUGUGCUCGGCAAAACCGGAACACAGGUGGAUGUGUUCACCGUGGAUGGUUCUGGCUUCUGUGCAAGUGGCAAUGUUUGCCGGGAGGCGGGCGGCGCCAAGGGCUCGCAGGCUCUAACAGAGCAUCAGGCGGUGUUGGGGUGGUUAUGUCGCUGCGCGGCCAUCUGCAAUGAAGCGCACCUGAACAUUGCAUCGGGCUUCCCGGAUAGCGACCAUUAUGAGCGAAUGGGAGAGCCAACAGAAGCAGCGCUGCUCGUCCUUGUGGAGAAGCUUGGGCUUUUCUCUGAUGAACAAAUUGCUUCAAAAGCCAAUACAAAGCGGAGCGUUGCUCAUCCCACACCCUUCUGUGACUACUGGAAAGACCAGUACAAGGAUCUGGCGACUUUGGAGUUUAGCCGGGACAGAAAGAGUAUGAGUGUCUUGUCUCGAAACCUCAAGACACAGAAGAACGUGCUUUUUGUCAAGGGCGCUCCAGAGACACUCCUGACACGGUGCGAGACGAUGAUGCUGCCUAAUGGCGAGGUGGUCCCGCUGACCGAAGCUGCGCGGAGUGUGAUUUUGGCCGACGUGGCUUGGAUGGCAAAGGGUGCCCUUCGUACUUUGGCAUUGGGCGUUCGGUUGGACGCUGGACCGCUCGCAGACUACACGGGAGAGGAGACACCCCAGGCAGCCGCUCGCGGCCUUUUGGACGACCAGGCGGGGUACGCUGCCUUGGAAGACCACCUUUGCUUCAUCGGCGUCGUUGGCCUCUUUGAUCCUCCAAGGCCCGAAGUGGGGAACGCCAUUCUGCAGUGCAGAGAUGCUGGCAUUCGCGUAGUGAUGAUUACUGGAGAUAACAAAGACACUGCGGAGGCCGUGGCUGACCUCGUUCACAUCCGUGAAGGCUUUGACAAGAGCUUCCCGUCUUACACAGGGAAGGAAUUUGAGGCGCUGUCUGCCUCCGAAAAGAUGAAAGUCCUUUCCUCGCCGGGUGGCGCGAUAUUCUCGCGUACGGAGCCCAAGCACAAGCAGCUGAUCGUGAAGCUGCUGAAGGAGCUGGGCGAGACCACAGCCAUGACGGGAGACGGAGUCAACGAUGCACCUGCGCUUAAGCAGGCAGACAUUGGUGUCGCUAUGGGCAUAGCGGGCACGGAGGUCGCCAAGGAGGCUUCGGAUAUGGUUCUUGCAGACGACAACUUCAGCACGAUUGUCUCUGCAGUGGAAGAGGGAAGGUCGAUCUACAACAACAUGAAGGCCUUCAUUCGCUAUUUGAUCAGCAGCAACAUUGGCGAGGUGGCUUCCAUCUUCAUGACUGCAGCUCUUGGUGUUCCCGAGGGUUUGACCCCUGUGCAGCUGCUGUGGGUGAACCUUGUGACGGAUGGACCUCCUGCAACCGCGUUGGGUUUUAACCCCGCUGACGACGAUGUGAUGAAGCGGCCUCCGCGACACCGCGACGACCGCCUGAUUAGCACUUGGAUCUUUCUGCGUUAUCUGCUGGUUGGAAUUUACGUUGGUUUCGCAACGGUCGGCAUCUUCGUGUGGUGGUACGUCUUUGGGACGGAUCCUUCGGAGCCUCACACUCUUCUGACUCUGCCCCAGCUUAUGGCUUGGGGCCGCUGCUCUUCCUGGAAAAACUUCAACGCUGUACCUGUUUUUGGAAUGCCAGCGGACGAGCCUUGCUCCUACUUCACUAUCGGCAAGGCCAAGGCGAGCACGCUUAGUUUGACAGUGUUGGUCGUGAUUGAAAUGUUUAAUGCUUUCAACGCUCUUUCAGAGAACCACUCUCUCCUUCGCAUGCCUCCCUGGGCGAACCCUUACUUGCUUCUGGCGACUGCUUCUUCCCUCGCUGUUCACUGCGCAAUUCUGUACAUUCCCUUCCUUAGCCGCGUCUUUGGCGUCGUGGAACUCACGCUGAUGGACUGGGUUUAUGUGCUGCUUUGGUCUUUCCCUAUCAUUAUCCUUGAUGAAAUCCUGAAAUAUCUGGGUAAGGUCUCUUCUGAAGCCGCCGUCACUUUGCACAACAACGCGCUGCAGCUGUUACGGCUAGCAAGAAAGAGUGAGCUAUGCGAAUGCGCCAGGCGGAAGCGGCCGGCCUAG